GUCGUUCUGCCGUGAACCAACAACAGUUGGCUUUCCUUCGGUCGUGGAGCGGAUUGUAAACAGACAGCCGGGGGUCUCCAAAGACGGGUCCGUGUUUAUGGAAAAGGACAAUAUCUGAUUUCAGAAGCCGAAAUAGCCCACGGCCAAAGAUAUGCGGCGCUCAAAGCGCCAGCAUUCCCCUGCAGAGGAAUGGGUGGAGGACGGAUACGGCUCGCAGAGGAAAGAGGAGGCCCAGACCACCAAACGGCCCCGCCGAAGCAGUCCAGUGGAGGAAGCAGAGCUCAAGGAUACGUGCCCCAGGAAGAACCAUCACGGCAAGACCUACGAACGUUGCCGGCAGAAUACCAAUAGGCCACAUCAGGCGCUGCAAAGCAAGGCCAGAGAACCCCGCAGAGGAGUCGGCGCUUCGGACCGGACAAGAGCCAUGGGGACCCUGAUAAGAACCAGCAAUGGGAAAGAUAUGGAGGUCCCCGUCUGCCACAGCGCGCGGACCGAGACAAACAUAAACACAGGGGGGCCCACCAGACCCCAGACACUGGCCCACAGUGACGCACACCUCCACUCCGUGCACACGCAGCAGAAGGUUCCUCACUCCUCUGCGCACGCACAUACACAACGCACACACUCGCACACGCGCUCCAGAGUAAACAGUCGGAGCGGCAGUCAAAACAGCAACUCGCGGAGUGGCGGGACGAAGAGGAAGAGUUGUGGCGGUGACGGAGAGGGCCACCUGGUCUAUGAUGCCGGCCUCCUCCUCAAUGAACGAUAUGAAGUGGUCUCUACUCUGGGAGAGGGAGCCUUUGGAAAGGUGGUGGAGUGCUUGGACAGGAACAAGAGUGAACGAGUGGCUCUGAAGAUCGUGAAGAACAUUGAGCGUUACCGAGAAGCGGCCCAGUCUGAGAUCGCAGUUCUGGGGGAGAUCAACAGCCUGGAUGACGACCACACAUUUGCGUGUGUGAGAAUGCUGGACUGGUUCGACCAUCACGGGCACAUCUGCAUUGUGUUUGAGUUGCUGGGCCUCAGCACCUUCGACUACCUGAGGGAGAACGACUUCCUGCCCUUUACAGUGGAGCACAUCAGACACAUGGCCUUCCAGAUCUUCAGAGCAGUCUGCUUCCUUCAUCGGAACAAGGUGACACACACAGACCUGAAGCCGGAGAACAUUCUCUUUGUGCGCUCCGACUACGACAUGGAGUACAACGACCGGCUGAAGCGGGACCAGAGGACCCUGAAGAGCCUGGACGUGAAGGUGGUCGACUUUGGCAACGCAACCUUCGACCGCGACCACCACCCUUCCCUGGUGUCAACGCGCCACUACCGGGCCCCUGAAGUCAUCCUAGACCUUGGCUGGAACCAGGCUUGUGACGUCUGGAGCCUGGGCUGUAUCCUCAUGGAGUACUACCUGGGGCUGACAGUGUUUCAGACCCACGACAGCAAAGAGCACCUGGCCAUGAUGGAGAGAGUCCUGGGCCCCAUCCCUCCCAGUCUCCUCAGCAAGACCAGGAAGCGGCACUUUGUGGAGCGAGAGCGUCUGGACUGGGAUGAACACAGUAGCUCGGGCCGCUACGUCAGGAAGCACUGUAAACCACUGAAGCAGUACAUGCAGAGUAGGAGUGCCGAGCACCAGCAGCUGUUUGAGUUGAUCGGCAGCAUGCUCGAGUACGACGUCUCCAGACGCAUCACCAUGGAGGAGGCCCUCUGGCACCCCUUCUUCACCCCCCUCAGGAUGGUGCGCUGCCCAUGAUGCAAACACCUGCAUAUAUUACAUACAUACACUCACAUGCACACAAACAUGUACAGGUAAAUACCCACCCACAUGGUGAACCAAUAUACUUUUGUUUUCAGUUUGGCUUAAUUUUUUUAUAUUUUUGGUUUUUGUUUGAGUAUACACUCCUUCUAGAGUUCGUUGAGUGUGCACUCCUUCUAGAGUUUUUAAGAUGACCUAUUCUCUUUAUUGGAGAAAGCAGUGAUUUUCAAAGCGAGUAUUUUUAUUGUGAGUGGGUCACACAUACCUGACAUAUGCACACAGCUACACAAAGCUAUAAUAACAUGGCAAAGCUAAACAGCGUUUCAGUGUGUGUGCUCCAGGAGUGCUGAUGUUUUGACUGUAUCAGCCCUCAGUGUCAUACCAGAGUCUUUAUGAGACUUAUCUCAGGGUGUACAGCGACACUGAGUGGCUGAGGUUUAGGCCCAAUCCCAUUUCUACCACUUACCCCUUCCCCUUACCCCUUCAGAACAAGGGGGAGGGGUAAGGGGAAAGAGUAAGGGGUAGAAAUGGGAUUGGGCCUUAAAUACACCUCGUCUGGCCACGGGCUCAACCGGCGUCGUCAAUAGACCAGUUGAAUGCUGUACUGUUUACAUGACCGACUUUCCUCAGUAGACAACAGCUCCUAAACCAGUAUGCUCACCAGCAAAAAGCACAGGGGAUUUUGCUCAAAAUGCUAAUCCUUGAGUUUGCAGGGUCAAACCGAAGUAUGGUCCUUUUUUCUUCAAUAUUGGUAGACAAUCCAUUUUUUUACGUGUUUCUGUGCAUUUCUACACAGCAAUAUUUUCUAGCGUUAUGUUUUUAUUAACUAUUAUGAGUUACUACUGACGAGGGCAGGGUUAGCCAACAUCAGUGUUCAGGGUGAAUUUUAAGAUGUCAGGGUUUGAGGUCUGUUAAUUUAUAUUGAUUGUUUCUUUGGUCUUCCUCUCCUAACAUGGUUGGGAGAAUUGCUGCAGUCCUUUAAAGGAAACUCUGUUUGUGUAUAACUCAGGUCUGCCUAUUAAGGCAACUUAUUUAUAUACCUUAUUAAAAAAGAUGGAUCUUUGGGGCUGAGUUCUGAAGUUUGAGUUUGAAAAUAAAAAUAUUUAUUAUGUUGAAA